CCCAGGUCACACGUGUGCGGCCACGCCCGCCCAACCGUCCUGACGUCACCGCUGCGCGCCGCAGGAGGCCCCGCCCCCUCGUCGCUUUUCCCCGGCCGCCCGGAGAUGGAAAUGUCAGAAGAUGAUAUUAAUACAGAAGAAUACCCCACAGAAAUCCAUGAUUAUCUUGCAGCAUUUGAAAAAUCUCUUGGUUCUGUAGAUGAGAUGCUGAAGACAAUGAUGUCAGUUUCCAGGAGUGAGCUUCUCCAAAAGUUGGAGCCUCUUGAGCAAGCAAAGAUGGAUUUGGUUUCAGUGUACACAUUAAAUUCCAUGUUCUGGGUAUACUUGGCUACUCAGGGAAUCAAUCCAAAGGAACACCCAGUGAAACAAGAACUGGAGAGAAUAAGAACAUACAUGAACAAGGUCAAAGAAAUAGCAGACAAGAAAAAGGCAUCCAAACUGGACAAAGGAGCUGCUUCUAGAUUUGUAAGAAAUGCACUCUGGGAACCAAACGCUGAAAAUGAACAUACCUCCAAAACUCCUGCUAAAGGAAAAAAGAGAAAGAUGGACUAAAUCUUUGUUUCCCCUAAUACAAACUAGAGAUACCUAGAACUGAAUUCCUAAAACUAGGAACUUAUUUUGCGUACUUUAUGCAUCUUGCAGAGGUGCUGUAUAGCAGCAUCUUGAUUAAGUUAUACUUAGGAAUUUUACAGGAUUGUAUUUUGUCCAGAAUAUUUUAAUAUUUUAAAGUGCCACUUGAUGCGAGAGAAGAAACAUUUCAUUAUUCAAAUAAUAACAGCCUGACAUAUGCUUCCUGGUAAUAGAUACUAGUGAUGUUCUGUUCAUAAUGUCUAAGAAUUCUUUUUUUUUUUUUUUUACUGCUGAAUGGUUGACACUUUUUUAUAUGUACUGAAUCUUCUGAAAAUUAAAAAAUCUCAAACAA